CAAUUAAAUAUAAUAUUUUUGUUUAUUUUUUUAGGUGUUGUUUUACAACUGGAUGUAUGAAUCUUAAAAUAGAAAUUAAAUAAUUUAAAUGGGAUGUAAAAUAAUUAAGUAAAAAAAUAGGUACCCUAAAUACUUCAUACCGUGAAAUAUUUUCAAUGAUGUUUUUUUAAAGCUUAUGACCUUAAGUUUGCACUUCCUGAAUGUGUCAGUGAUAUUCUUCAGUGUUUCUUCUCUAUAUAUGUCACUAAUUAUGUUGAAGUCUAAUCUAAGAGAAUUAAAACAACAAUAGCACAGUAAAAUGAUAUUUUCCAACAUUAUUAAUUACUUGUGGAUACAUGGGUGAAAGUGAUCCUAGUUCUUAUGAAACUUUUGGAAUGAGUCACACAAAGGAGCAGAAUCCCCUUUCUCAGCCUCUGAGAGUUGAAACUGAUGAUACGGUGCACCCAGGAGAUCCUAAUUACUUUGAGGAAGAAGUAAAUAAUUUUAACCAAACCAAUAAUAAUGAUAACUCAGACUCGCUGGGUCCUCUUCCUCCAAAAUGGGAAAAAGCCUACACAGAAAGUGGAGAGGUGUACUUUAUUGACCAUUCUACUGGUACAUCACACUGGCUAGAUCCAAGACUAUCAAAGUUUCAAAAGAAAACAUUAGAAGACUGUUUGGAUGAUGAGUUGCCCUAUGGUUGGGAAAAAAUUAGUGAUCCCCAUUAUGGCACCUAUUUUAUAGAUCAUGUUAAUAGAAGAACUCAGUAUGAGAACCCUGUUAUACAAGCAAAGAGGGCAGCUUCCCAGGCAUCUGCUAGAGUUAGCAGAACAUCAUUUACAAAAGAUCCAUCCGAGCUUUGUGGGCAGCGUUUUAAAACUUCACUGGUGAAAUCCUCUCGAGGUUUAGGUUUUACUAUUGUAGGAGGAGAUGAUGGGAUUGAUGAAUUUCUUCAAAUAAAGUCUGUGGUGCCUAAAGGACCAGCAUGGUUGGAUGGGCAUCUACAAACAGGAGAUGUAAUAGUCUAUGUUAAUGAUACUUGCGUUUUGGGUUACACUCACAAUCAGAUUGUUAGAUUAUUUCAGUGUAUAAGUGUGGGUUCCACAGUGGCUUUGGAGGUUUGUAGAGGGUAUCCCUUACCAUUUGAUCCAAAUGAUCCCAACACAGAAGUAGUAACUACUAUAGCUGUAGAUACACAUAUACAGCCUGUAUCAAACGAAAAAUGUUUAGUAGAUACUAAUUAUAAUUUUGUAGAGGGGGAAGAAGUGUCACCUAAUGAUAAGACUAUUUUAGAUACUAGUAAUGAUAUAGAUGAUCUCUUAAAGGGUAUGGGAAAUAUUAGUGUAGGUAGAAUAGAUGUUAAAGUAAAAAUAGUUAAAGGACAUUUAGGCUUUGGAUUUACAAUAGCUGAUAGUGCAUGUGGACAACGAGUUAAAAAAAUUCUCGACCAUCAACGUUGUAAAAACCUACAAGAAGGUGAUAUACUAGUAGAAAUAAAUGAUAUACCUUUGCAAAAUAUGUCACAUGAUGAAGUAGUCCAAGUCCUAAAAAACUGCCCCUACAAUAGUGAAGCUCUAAUAUAUGUUCAAAGAGGAUGUUCAACAAAAACACCAACUAUUAGAUAUAAGUCUAGGAAGUUAGAUAUUCGCUUUAACGGUAAAGAUUUUAGUAGUGCUUAUAGAAGUAAAACACCCACAGCUGACAUAUAUAGUACUCAACCCAGGGAAGUUUUGCCCAGUAGACCUAAGACUCCAUUAGUAGAUACGAGAGGUUUAUCCAAAACUUCUGUUAAAGAUAUUAAUUCGAAUUCAAAUAAUGAUAUAUUUAAACGUGAUUAUGACAAUAUUACCCCUGACAGAUCUCGAUUACGUUUGUCUUUGAUAGAUAAUCAUGAAGAUGACGUAGAUUUACUUGUGGAAGACCAAAAUAAAUCUAUGGGAGAAUGCUCAGCUCAAUUAGAUAACAAGUUUAGUUUGUAUAAUCCAAUUCCUCAUAGAUACGAUUGCUCCUGUGCAUAUUGCUCAAAUCUUAGACCCAGUAUUGUGGAACCCCUAGAUACAUAUGAAAAUGCCAAAAAGUUCAACGGAAAUGAAUGGUGGUAUCCGUCACAUAAUGUUGAAUAUCUUACUACUGCCGUUACAUUAAACAGACAGGAAACUGGGUUUGGUUUCAGGAUUAUAGGAGGAAUCGAAGAUAAAUCUCAAGUUGCUGUGGGACACAUAGUACCAGGUGGUGCAGCUGAUGGAGAUGGAAGAAUACAAUCUGGAGAUGAAAUAGUCAGUGUGGAAGGCUAUUCAGUGAUAAAAGCUUCUCAUCGCCAAGUAGUCCAACUAAUAAAUGCUGCAGCAGCUAGAGGACAGGUUAGCCUUAUCCUUAGAAGACGUAUUAACCCCCAAAUACCGAUUAAUACAGGAUACUGGUCUCCUGAAAACCACUCGCAGCUACCGGCCGUUAAUAUGACUUUGAUGCCUACUAGUUCACACCUUGCUUCUACAUACGAGAUUACUGUGCAGAGAACUGAGAAUGAAGGUUUUGGUUUUGUAAUUAUAUCAUCAGCAAACAAAAUCGGAUCUACAAUUGGUCGGCUCAUUGAGGACAGCCCAGCUGAACGAUGUGGAAGAUUGAGAAUUGGGGACUACAUAGUAGCUGUAAACCAUAUAGAUAUUAUGCAUUUAAGUCACGGCGAUAUUGUAAAUUUAAUCAAAGAGUCUGGUCUCUCAGUCACAUUAACAAUUGCUUCAAAUCCAGAUCUUUGAUUAAUAUAUGCAGGUAUUUCACGCAAAAUUAACGUUUUUAUUUACAAAAUGCGGAAAACCGUGUAUAUUGUGAAGUAUAUACAAAUGGUUUUAACGAUCAAUUAAUUUUAAUGUAUAAAAUUGUUGCUAAACACUUGUAAUGACAAUUAAUUAGUGUGUAUUAUAAACAAAAUGAACGUAAUUGUUUAACAGUCACUGUAAAUACCAUGUAAAAACAUUCGAAACCUGUAUUAUUAUUUGUAAUUUGGAUACCGCAGUCCUACUAUAUCUUCUCCAAUGAUUUUUAUGACUUUUUCUCAAUUUGACAUCGUAAAAUUCCUGUUUUUCUCAUAUCUUUUUUGUUGUCGUGUUAAUUCCCAUUUAAUAAAUGAAUUGCAUUUACUGUGCUAUUACUUUUGUCUUUUUUAACGGUCUAGAUUUUUUAUUUAUAUUGUAGUUUUCUGUGAUUUUAAUAGGUCCCUAAAUUACUUACUGCAGCUAAAACGUAAAGGCUAUAGCGGGAUAAGAUGAUAAAAAAAAUCUUCACUCAGCUAGAUUCUUAUUUGGGAUUGGGUACUCGAAAGUAUGUAUUUAAAAACCUGCUUGCCAAAUUUUUAGCUCUCUAGGUGGCCCAGGGGUCCCCUAUCGCAAAAAAAUGUGUUUUUUUUUUUCGAGAAAAAGAAAAAUUUUCUGAGCGAUCCGUUGCUUUAAACUUAAACAAUCUGAAAAAAUUCAUAAACAUACAUUUUCUUAUCCAUCUAAUCAAACAUUCUGAUUUUUUUCAGCUUUUUUGGAUCAAAAUUAAGCUCAGAAAAAAUAUUUGAAUUUUUCAAAAAAAAAUUAGGUUAUGUACGUAAUUUUUGGCAAACUUCCAAAUAAUUAUUUUUCGUGUAUUUUUUUCUGAUCUUUUGAAUGGCGGGGUUAAGGGGCUAUCCUAAUGUAAAAGUACGAAAUUCAUAUACUUUUUUGGGAAUUUCUAAAAUAAAAAGUAGUAUACCAAUUAUUUUGAAAAUUUGCAUGAGCAUUUAUCAUAAAAAGAAGUAUAUGUAAAACAAUUUUCAUAAAAAAAUGUUGAAAAUUAAACAAUUUAUGCGCCAUCUACAAGCACCAUGAAAAUAAAAACAUAGGUACACUGCUGCAUUGAUUGGGACUAGUAGAGAUCCUGAAAAAUAAAAUUUCAAAGUGAUUAUCGAAAUAUAAGUUACUUCCUAUACCAUCAACUAGGUUUUUGGAAAAAUAUUAAAAUUUGGAAAAAUGACGAAGUGUCGAAAAUGUUUUUUAAAACUAGCUAAAACAUUUUCAGUUUCAAAAACCACCAAAUUGACAUCAUUCAUCCGAUCAAAAAACCCGUAGUUGAUGGUAUAGAAAAUAACUCAUAUUUCAAUAAUAACUUUGAAAUUUUAUGUUUCAGGAUCUGUAUUAGUCGCAAUCUCUGCAGCAGUGCAGCUUUGUUUUCAUUUUGACGGUGCCAGUAGAUGGCGCAUAAACCGUUUAAUUUUCAAUAUUUUUUUAUAGAAAUUGUUUUACAUGUACUUACUUCCGUUUAUAGUAAAUGCUCAUGCAAAUUUUCAAAAUAAUUGGUACAGUACUUCUAACAAUAAAACACUGAAAACGUUUGUUUUCUAUACUUCCACAAAAUUUAUUAUAACUAAGUGACUACAGCUGUUUCGGCGGAGUGCCUUUCUCAAGUGAUAUAGUUUACAAUGUGUUUGCCUUUUUAUUUGCCUGUUUGUCUCGAGUUGGUCAUUCAGAAUUAUAUCUGUAUUUUUCAGUUUAUUAAUUUCCAUAGAUUCUAAAAAAGAUAGCUUAAGGCCUUUAUUUUGAAUAUGUAGAAUUUGAAACUCUUCAUUGAAAGAAUGAUUAUGAUCUAGAAGGUGAAGUGCGUAUGUAGAAGUGUCUGUUUUUCUAUUGUUGAAUGCCCUUUUGUGUUCUGCUAUCCGUUUGUCAAAAGUUCUGCCAGUUUGACCGAUGUACGUUUUCGGACAGUCACCACAAGUUAGUUUGUAC